GACACACACCCAUAGAACCACCAUCCUCCAUCCUCCACUCAGUGUACAGCGCCAUCAAAAACACCUUCUCCACAGCUCCUUCGUACCACGAGGAACCUUUAGUGAACCAGCCCCCACCUCCCCCACAACCAGUCCCAGAAUUCAAGCCCAUGGGCUGGGGAGCCGUGAACUCCUACGGCGAACCGGCAAUGGUCGACGCAUACUCUGAUUACGAUCCAAGAAACACGCACCCGCCUUUCGAUUAUAGUAUUUCUAAACAUGCGGUAGUGACGCACUCUAAAGGUCUCACUCCUGAGAAAAUGCAAAAAAUCAGGAACAAUUUGAAAAAGGUUCAGGUUUACCUCAACCAAAACGAAAGGUCUAUCGAAGAGGUUCCACAAUUCACUCGAUUAGAGAGUUAUGCUAAAAUGUUGAAAAAAGGACAGGUUCCUUUCGUUCCGACUCCUGUAGUACAUGAUAAUGAAAUAGGGGUGCUACCUGCGGAGCUGUUACCAGACCCACUUUUCACCACGUCCUCAUCCACUACAACUUCCACUACCACAACAACCACGACAACAGAACGGCCUCACACAACAGAACAGAAUAGGGGGAAAGACGUGAAGUACAUUCUUCGCGGGAACAAGAUCGUUCAAGUGUGAUACGACUGACUUGACUGACUUAAGAAGUUCCUGUGCAGACAGCAGUGCUGGGCGGGGAGGAGCUGCAGCAUUACUUCCACGCAUAAUUUAAAGAUUACAAGAUUUGAUCGACAUCAUCAGAAACCCGUGCGGCAAAAUAUAUC